AUGAGCAAAAUAGAUGAAACACUUUCUCUUCAGUUUUACCAAUAUUUGAAUAAUAUUAUUGGAUCAGAGGACGUUGUAAAAACAAGAAGAAAUAUAUUUUACGCAAUCGAGUUUGGUACUCCAAAUUCUUCCCACAUAAUGAUAAGUAGUGGGAGUAAAGCAGAAGGCUUAGACCUCAAAGACAGUGAUUACGAUCAAAUGUACGUUUGUGUGUCGUAUCGUGUUUACAAUACUACAAAAAAUGUGUCAACGUCCUCAAAUAGAAUACCGAUAAUUAUGGACAGCAGUAACACUAAACCGGGGUUUACGAAGCUUAAGAUGUAUAACAUGUCUCGUGCUAGAGGAGACAAAUUUUGUGAGAUUGAAGAAGGGAAAGCAUACUUUUCAAGUAAACUUUUUCGGGAGCAUAAUUUGACAAAUGAAAUGAUUAUUCAUGGACCAUGUCAAUCUACACUAGAUGGAUUAUAUGACUUUGCACAUUGUUUUAGAUGUAAAGAAUGGAUAAAACAGGCUGAACAGUGGAUUUACAGACCCAGAUCGUCUUGGCCCGAUUACAAAUUAGUUUCAUCUAUUGUCCAGUACGGAGUUUUAUUUGUCCCUGUCGGCUGUAAAGGAUCGUCGAAUGAAGAUUACGAAUUUCGGAUAUCGUUUUCAAUGGCAGAGAAACAACUUAUUUUUUCCUUUUCCCAUACACAGUUAUUAUGUUAUGCAUUAAUGAAAAUAAUUUUGAAAGACAUUAUAAAGACAAAACACGGUGAUCUAAUCUGUUCUUAUUUUCUUAAAACAAUAAUGUUCUGGAUAAGUGAAGAAUCAAGUCCUUCAAAAUGGCAGCCUGUGAAUAUGAUUCCCUGUUUUAUCAACUGUAUAAAACGACUGAUUUACUGUGUUCAAUAUAAAACUUGUCUUCAUUAUUUUAUACCAGAAUACAACCUAUUCGAAUGUCGAUUUACUGAUUACCAACAUAAAUGUUUACUUGAUACGCUACAUGAAAUAUACCAUUCACUAUGGACAAACGUGUUUCAUACGGAUACAUUUCAAAGUUUUAUAGCAAAACAAAGAGUUUCAUCCUCUGCUUAUUUAAAAGUAUCAGCUCUUUCGUGUUUAAUAUUAAACACAUUUGUGUAUAGGUAUUCCGACUGCCUUGUUAACAUUACUCUUUUUCUUAAAAUCAAAGACAACGACCUUUCUACAUACAUGAAGUCAUUGAUUUUUAAUGAGUUAAUACACUUAAUGAACAAUGACAAACAAGAAAAGCAAUUGGGACGCAUUAAACUUAUAAUGAUCAAUUUACGUUGUUUAACAGACAGUAACAAAUUCAUAUAUUCGCAAUACCAGACAAGCUUGAAAUACUUCAAAGCAGGACUACACUGCAAUGCUACUUCCGGAUGGUCAUUGUUAGCAUCGUUAUUUUAUAAACACAAGAGAUUCAACGAAUGUAUAGAUAUCAUAAACUACACUUUGUCAAAUUGUACUCCUGAUAAAAUUGUGUUGCGCUUAGGCGUUACUUUGAUGGAACAAACAUUUUUCCAAAAAAUAAAAAACAUAGCUGGAUUUUUAACCACGUGUAAACAUUUUAUUAUUGAAGAUUUGCGGUUUCCCAGUCCAUUUAAUCUAUUACCAGUAGAACUAAUGUCUUUGAUUGAACCCGACCGUGGUGAUGUGUUUAUUCCACCUGUUGUCUAUUUGAAUACGUUAGCGUUUUUGUGCUCACAUCAUCUUAAAGAUAAUAGAGGAAAACAAACAGCGCUUCAAGAUCUGGGCCUAACGAUUCGAGAAAGAUAUCUUAUGGUUCCAAAUAAUACGAUAGUGUUAGAAGUGGCAAAACAAUGCCGUAGUAUUGUUGAAAGUAUAAUGUAA